AUGAUGCUACGGAGCUCAAUGACGCAUCGUGGGGUGGCUAGCAGCGGCACAUCUGCUUCGGUGAUGCGAACGCAGCGGGCGGUGCCGUGCGCUGCUGCUGGCAGCGGCUUUGGAAAGACCGCCAGCAAGAAGAAAGUGGACCUGUCCGGCGGCAUAGCGAUCCCGGCUCCCAAAGAGAAGAAGGAGAAGGCGGCCCCGCAGCAGCAGCAGCAGCCCCUCGACCCCAAGCAGGCGGCGGCGGCAGCAGCCGCAGGCGGCGGCAGCGACUGGGCGGUGGUCGGCAAGGUGGCAGAGCUGUUUACGCUGGAGAAGCCGAGCAAGGCGAUCAUCCUGCCCAGCGGCAUCAAGCUCUGCCCGGCGCUGCGCGCCCCCGGCCCCUGA